AAUCCAAGGAUUUCAACAGUUUAUCGCUAAUAAGGACUCCUACCCAGUAGAUUCCUAGGAUAUCAUGGAUACUAAUACCUGUACUACCAUAGUACUGGUACUUCUAUGGCUAUACCUAUGCUGCCAGGCACUGGGUUCCAUGGUGGCCCUAAUGGGCACUGGAAGCACUACUGAAGUACUAUCUACUACCACUACCCUAUCUACUGUACUACUAGUAGUAUGUCUAUGGCAAUGCAAGAAGGCGGGUUACCUGGUAUCACCAAUGACCUGGUACCAUUGGGUACUGAUGGUACUACUAGUAUUACUACAGGUAGUGGUAUUGGUGCUGGAGCAACAGGGUUGGGAGCUGUUUAGCCAAUUAUUCAUCACAUCGACAUAUCCCAUUUACGGUAUUGCAGUGGUACUACUGGGUAUACUUGGUGGUACCCUAUUCUGUGGAUGGAAAUGUAACCUGUUCUGUAGACCAUGCUGUAAGAGUCAGUACAUUUGCUACGGUAGUGCGAUAGUGGUAGUACUAGUGAUACUGGUAGUACUGGGAUUGACAGCUUCCCUGGCAAAGCAUAGUGGUGGCACGGGUUUUGUUGGUUUCGGUAAUGCAGGACAGACCGAGAAGACCAUCAUUCGACGUCUUAGUAACAUAAUGAUACCCAUUACUCAGUCCUAUGCCAUGGUAGUUAUAUGGAAUACUCUCCUCAAGCUACCAUAUAGUUUACCAGAAGUGGUUGCAGUGUUGACAUCAGCACUUGCAGUGGGCUCUCUAUUAACAGUGGGAAUUCUUCGCAAGUCACUGGGUAAUAACAGUGUUAUAUCAUACGCCGUUCUAGCGGUUCACAUAGUAACUCUGGGAAUUACAUUGUAUUUCCUAGAGUAUAAAACGGUAUUCUAUUGGCCCAAGGAUUACAUGUGCUUCGGGUUACUGGCUGCAGUAGUAAUCCUGGUAGCAUUGGUAGCUAUAGCGAUAUUUGCUGCAACCUCCAGCAGAGACACUAAUGAGAUAUUUGCUCUGGAAUUAACUCUACUGGGCUACUCAAUGGUACUGAUGGUACCAACAUUGUGGUAUGCAUACCGAUGUGGUCUACUUACUUGGAAAUGGAGUAUCCCCAAGAAAAAAGGUCUCAAGCCUACUGAUACGGCUGAAAAUACUACAACAGAAACUGAUAUCGCAAAGGAAACAUAGGGGUUGGUACUAUCCGUACCACCCUGUUAGACUUGAUGGCCCAA